CUGCAGACUGCGACCAAAACACGGAAGUGCUUAAAAGGGCUACGAAACCAGAGUUCAAGCUCUUCUGUUGUCGGAAAAAAUGGCAGAUACAGUUUAUUAUUCAUGUGAACAGUGAACCACGCAGAAACGUUAGGUCACAUUAUUUGCCGAAUAUGUCUUUCUCUUUGGUUUGCAUUGCGGUUGUAUCGUUUGUUCUCGCCAUCAUCGGGCACGUCUUGGUGAUGCCGCCUUCACUGCCCUCCGUCCUCGGCGGCACCGUCGGCGUGUGCUCCCUGGUCGGCAUGGCGCUCGUCUGGAGGGACAUGAGUUCGAGGAUGAAGGGCGAUGGUCGGACGCCGGGCAGUCUGCUCAGCCAGUACCUGGCGGUGAAGGGGGUCGGCUGGCUCGGCAGGCGGCAGAGGAGGAAGCUCGAAGCCGACACUCUCGACGUGAAGGGAGUCCAGGAGCAGACGCUGCUGAUGCGCCUGCGCAGACACGCGGACACAAGUUAUGGAAGACAGUACGACUUCAACUCAAUUAAAGACAGUGUUGGCUACCGGGCGCGUCACCCCAUCACCACGUACGAGCAUUACCGCGAGCUCAUCAGACGCAUCGCGGCAGGUGAGGAGAAGGUCAUCAUUCCUGAGAAACCGCUGAUCCUGGCCAUGACCUCUGGAACGUCAGGUGCCAGCGCCAUGCUGCUCAGCACCAAGGACACCAACAGCGAGUUCUUCCUGCAGGGAGUGGCUGUGUGUCUGGAGGCCAUGGGAAGAGCAUUUCCUGCAACAGACAGCCUUCAGCGCACCACCAAGUUUUUCUACUCUCCUACGUUUCGCCAAUCAGAGGCCGGUAUUCCCAUCGGACCGAACUCCUCCACCCCAGCCUCCUCCCGCCACAUGCUUAACCUCUACACCACCCCUGCAGCCGCAUUUGAGGUUCCCAGUGAGAAGGACACCCUCUACUUGCAUCUCCUGUUUGCUCUCAAAGAUCCCAGCGUGGGAACACUGGAGUCCAACUUUGCUUCCACAGUCUUCUACGCUUUCAGUGCUUUACAGGACCGCUGGCAGGAGCUUGUUGAGGACAUAGAACAAGGGAAGGUUAGCAGCACUCUGGCUCUGGAGGCCAAAGUGAGGUCCAAGCUGGAGGCUCUGAUGAAGCCAGACCCAGACAGGGCCGCUCAGCUCCGGGCCCACUUCCAGGAAGGUUUCCGUGGGAUCGCCAAGCGGCUUUGGCCCCACCUCCACCUGGUGCUGGCGGUAGACUCUGGCUCCAAUCAGAUCUAUGGGGAAAUGUUGAGGGAGAACUACUGCCAGGGAGUGCCUUUCUAUUCUCCUUUCUACGCUGCUACUGAAGGUUUGAUAGGGGUGAACCUGUGGCCUCAGGAGCCACAGAGACGCUACAUGCUGUGUCCUCGGUCAAUGUUCUGCGAGUUCCUGCCAGAGAGGAGCUUGGAGGAGGAGACGCCUCCCACGCUGCUGAUGGAGGAGGUGAAGGAGGGCGAAAGCUAUGAGCUCGUUAUCACAAACGCUUCAGGACUCUUCAGAUAUCGCCUCGGAGACAUUGUGAAAGUAGUUGGAUUCCACAACCAGUGUCCCAUCGUUGAGUUUCAGUACAGACGGGGUCAGAUGUUGAGCGUUCGAGGGGAGAAGGUGUCCGAGGCGUUGUUCCUUAAUGCUCUGAAGAAAGCGCUUGCUCAGUGGCCGGGAGCUCAGCUGGUGGACUACUGCUGCGCCGAGAGCGGCAUCAUGGGAGAUUCCGUAGGCGGCUCAGAUCCUCACUACCAGGUGUUCAUGGAGCUGAAAGGUGUGAGAAACCUCACAGAGGAACAAAGAUACAAGUUGGACGUUUGCCUUCAGCAGGACUCUGCUGUCUACAAGUCCUUUCGGGUCAAAGGCAGCAUCGGACCGAUGAGGGUGCAGCUGGUGGCCGAGGGUGCGUUCAAGGAACUCCGCAAACACAUGAUGGCCUUCUCCAACACUUCGCCGAACACCUUCAAAAUGCACCGAGUGCUGCGCAGGAAAGAAUACGCUGAAUUCUUGCUGGGAAGAACUGUUUCCUGAAACGUCCCCUUGUUGGAGAAAGAGACAAAGCUUGUGGACUCUGUGGUGAGCGCUGAACGAAUUAAAUGUCUCCAGUUCUUUCUUUUUUUUUAUCUACUGCUCAUGAUGGAGUUGAUUUUAUUGUGACUUUUUGGAUCGCUACAACACAAAAAUCUAAAUUGCACUUUAUGUUUGAGAAAUUCUGAUUUGACAAAUUGACUUUCUUGACUAUAUGUGUAUUUUUAUUAAAGUGUUUGAGCUUUUACCAUA